GUAUAAAUUACGACUGAAUGACUUGUUCCACUUCUCAGCUUACAAACUAGUAGUGCUAAGGCAUCACGGCCCCAAGAGCUGAAUGCCAUAACGAUUUAAUGCUAUGAAAGUACAUGGAAUUGUUGUGUUUGACGCUAUAGGAAAACCAUCAGGUGGUAUAACUAAAGGUGCUUUGUAUUAUAUAGGAUCUUACGACCAAUGUAAUAGUAUUAAAGCUCACAUCCCCGCUAAUAUCUACCUAGGUAACGUGUUUAGGAAGGAGGAAAGGCGUUAUACCACUAAAUUUUGUCGAGCUGAAUUCAACGUAUCAGACAGUUUUGUCCAAAGUAUGAACGUCGAUACAAGAGGUUUAGUACUAAAGUUAAACUGGGGAGUUUGUGUUCCCGCUUCCUGUCACAGUGAAGACAUUGCUAGGCUCUUUUCAAUGGGGCCUGUAAAGCUUCCUGUAAACAGAGUUGCUUGCCUGCAAAACCCAGAUCUUAAAAAAGAUACGUCAGCCAUUGUUGCUAUAUGCAUUUUGUGCGUGUUUGGAAUUUUGGUUGCACUGGCCACUUUUAGUGAAGGUAUGAUGGGCGCUCUUCCAGUUUCCAAACGUGAAGAACAAAACUACUUUGGCCGAAUUAAUAAUGGGUUUGUGUCUGAUGAAAAACACAUCAUUAAAAAUGGCUAUGCACCAGAUGCAUUGGAAUUGAAACAAACAGCUUCUAUGUCUACAGGAUUGUAUACAACGCUAUCAGAAACAAAUGGCUACGAAAAAAUAGAUAAGUCUAAAAGCGACAUAGAGGCGAGUUCGUCAUCGAAGACAGAUUCAUGUACACUUAAUGUACUAGCACCCGCGGAGCACCCUUAUGAAAAAUUGAGUAACGGUGAUGGUAAAUCGUUAAGUCACAAUCCAAACGUCUCGCCUGAAAUUUCAAACACAGAACUAGAAGCCAAGGUAAAUGACACCGGUGUCAAGGUGGAAAACGUCGCGGACAAAGAAGCAGUUAGAAAGGUACACCCGAUUAUAAAGGCAUUUUCAUUAAUAACUAACAUGCCAAAGAUUCUAAAUGGAAAGAAAUCUAAAGGAGCCAUCAACUGUGUACAUGGUAUACGAUUUGUCAGCAUGUUAUGGAUUAUACUGGGCCACACCUAUAAUUAUGGAGUUGUUUCACAAAGUGACAGUCAAACUACACAAAACUUAAUUGACGCCGAUGGUCUGUUUAAAAGGUUCAGCUUCCAGGGUAUCAUGGCAGCCGGAUUUGCUGUUGAUACUUUCUUCUUAUUAAGUGGGUUUUUAGUGGCAUACCUGACGUUAAAAGAUCUACGAAAACGGAAGAUUACAGGUGGCUACAUGUUUAUGUAUUAUUUCCAUAGAUUUUGGAGAUUGACACCAUUAUAUAUGAUCGUAUUGAUGACGUUCUCCUGUCUAUAUAAGUAUAUGGGCGAUGGUCCACUGUGGCCAGCAGCUAUCAAAGCAGCAGAUUAUUGUAAAACUAAUUGGUGGACUAAUGUAUUAUACGUUAAUAACCUUGUUAAUAACCAUGAACAGUGUUUGGGUUGGUCCUGGUAUUUGGCUAAUGAUAUGCAGUUUUAUAUUCUCUCACCUAUAUUUAUAUUUACAAUAUUUUGGUACGCACCUGUUGGUAUUACUUUAGCAGUAUUAGUAGGUGCAGCUGGUGUAGCUUCAGCUUUCUAUGAAGAAUAUGUUACCGGAGGAGACAUGUUCACAAUGAAUCGAAUUCCUGAUUAUUGGCAAAAUGUUUACACUGUACCCUGGACACGAAUUGCUGCUUAUUUAGUUGGUAUAAUAUUUGGUUGGAUUAUGGUAAAAUAUGAUAAACUAAAGACCCUUUCAUUUAAAAAAGCUGUAGUUGGUUGGAUUAUAACCCUUGGUGUUGGUAUCUUUAUUUCUUAUAUAACAUACACAUAUCGUAAAGAAGACGCCGACGCCUGGCCAAAAUGGGUGCUAUCGUUGUAUGAGUCAACAACAAGACCAAUAUUUGCUGCCUGUGUUGCUUGGGUUAUAUUUGCAUGUCAUCAUAACAGAGGAGGAUUCAUCAACUCAGUUCUGUCAUGGAGUGGAAUUAUACCACUGUCCAGACUAACGUAUGCAUGCUACCUAGUACAUCCUGCGUGUAUGAUGCUUAAAAUCUACAGUAAAAGAAACCUAAUCUACAUAAGUGAUUUUGAUGUGGCUUAUCUAUACAUGGGCCACACGUGUAUGACCUUCAUGAUAGCUUUUAUAUUCUCAGUGACCUUUGAGGCUCCCUUCCUUGCAUUGGAAAAGAUAUUUUUCCAACGAAAGAAAUAAUGUUUUGUUUUUAAA